CGUUCUUCUCCGGGGACCCGCCGGCAGGGAGGGCGGCGGGGAGUCAAAGUCCGAUCCUAAACUUCAUCGCCGGACUUUGAGCAACUUCAGGCCGUGGAGGUGUAGCCGAGCAUCGCUGGGACGCGGCCAGAGACGCGGGCCCCGGGCAAAGAGCGUCCCCUGCUCUCGGCGGGUUCGCGGAGCAGGAGGGAAGCGGGACCCGAGGGGCCCCGGUCUCUGGGGUGGGACUUCCCUCGGUCGGAGCAGCUAGAUUGGAAAUCAUCUGGAGGAUAAACGCAUAUUUUGCAUGUGAAGCUGUUCACUUCAGAAUUAAAUGAGUUAGCUGUCUUGAAUGAACUUAUUUCUAUAUAUUUAUAAUUUCAUUUAGACUGCUAAAUAUAGACCAUGCCUAGCAGAAUGGGCUCAAAAAUUGAUUUGAACAAAGACUUCAUCAGAGUAAAAACACACUAUAGUGGGGACAUCCUGAUAACAAACUUGGAUGCAUCAAUAAGCUAUGAUGAACUUUGUGAUGAAGUGCACGAGAUGUGUAAUUUACAACAGGAACAGCCAAUUACUCUCAAGUGGAUUGAUGAUGAAGGUGACCCAUGUACCAUCUCAUCUCAGAUGGAACUGGAAGAAGCCUUCCGUUUGUAUUGUCAAAACAGAGAUGAAGGGCUGAUUAUUCACGUUUUCCCAAGUAUUCCAGAGAAACCCGGCAUGCCUUGUCCAGGAGAAGAUAAAUCAAUCUACCGACGUGGAGCCAGAAGAUGGAGGAAGCUGUACCGAGUGAAUGGGCAUUUGUUUCAAGCCAAACGUUUUAACAGAAGAGCGUAUUGUGGCCAGUGCAGUGAAAGGAUAUGGGGUCUCGGAAGGCAAGGCUACAAGUGUAUCAACUGCAAAUUGUUGGUCCAUAAACGUUGUCAUAUACUUGUUCCACUGACCUGCAAAAGGCAUAUGGAUUCGGUCAUGCCUUCCCAGGAACCUCAGAUAGAUGAUAAAAAUGAUGAAGUUGACCUCCCUUCAGAAGAAACUGAUGGAAUUCCCUACAUUCCUUCAAACCGGAAACAUGACAACAUUAAAGAUGACUCUGAGGAUAUCAAACCAGUCAUUGAUGGAAUGGAUGGAAUUAAGAUUUCUCAGGGGCUUGGACUACAGGACUUUGAUUUAAUCAGAGUUAUCGGACGUGGAAGUUAUGCCAAAGUUCUUUUAGUUCGGUUAAAAAAGAAUGAUCAAAUUUAUGCUAUGAAAGUAGUGAAAAAAGAAUUGGUCCAUGAUGAUGAGGAUAUUGAUUGGGUACAGACAGAGAAACAUGUGUUUGAACAGGCAUCCAGUAACCCAUUCCUAGUUGGUUUACAUUCAUGCUUUCAAACAACAAGUCGAUUGUUUCUUGUCAUAGAGUAUGUGAAUGGGGGAGAUCUUAUGUUUCAUAUGCAACGACAAAGGAAACUUCCUGAAGAACAUGCAAGGUUUUAUGCUGCUGAAAUUUGUAUUGCUCUAAACUUCCUACAUGAAAGAGGCAUAAUCUACAGAGAUUUAAAACUAGACAAUGUUCUUUUAGAUGCAGAGGGUCAUAUCAAAUUAACAGAUUAUGGCAUGUGCAAGGAAGGUUUGGGCCCUGGUGACACUACAAGCACUUUCUGUGGGACACCAAAUUAUAUUGCACCAGAGAUCCUCAGAGGAGAAGAAUAUGGGUUCAGUGUGGACUGGUGGGCUCUUGGUGUGUUGAUGUUUGAAAUGAUGGCAGGAAGGUCUCCGUUUGAUAUUAUUACUGACAAUCCAGACAUGAACACUGAAGAUUACCUCUUCCAAGUUAUUCUUGAGAAGCCAAUCCGGAUUCCAAGGUUUCUUUCUGUCAAGGCUUCCCAUGUGUUAAAAGGAUUUUUAAACAAGGAUCCCAAAGAAAGGCUUGGUUGUCAGCCACAGACAGGAUUUUCUGAUAUCAAGUCUCAUACAUUUUUCCGCAGCAUAGACUGGGAUCUGCUGGAAAAGAAGCAAGCAACCCCUCCAUUUCAGCCUCAGAUCACAGACGAUUAUGGUUUGGAUAACUUUGAUACACAGUUCACCAGCGAACCUGUGCAGCUAACCCCAGAUGAUGAAGAUAUAAUAAAGCGAAUAGAUCAGUCAGAAUUUGAAGGAUUUGAAUAUAUUAAUCCAUUGUUGCUGUCAACAGAAGAAACAGUAUGAAGGAAUGACAUCUUCGUUGUGGACAAUGUGAAUGACCUUUAAAUUUAUCCUUAACUACAGUAUAUGCAUGCAAGGCUGGGGAACUGUAAGAUUUUGGACGGAGACCAAUGAUUUUAAAAAAAAUUGCUGCUGAAAAUCAAAGAAGAGAAUAAUGAUUUUAGUGGGUGUCUUCUGCCACUUAGUGAUUCUUAAGUUCUGGGCACUGACACAACUGGCUUCAUUAAUGAAGGAAUUUGCAAUUUGUGCCUGUUUCAUGAAGGAUUGAAAUGUUCAUUGCAUCCCUGGAAAAGGAGAUUCUGAAAAACUUUGAGAUCCACACACUUUCUACAAACAUUUGAUGCAAUGAGCUACCAAUUGAAGAAUAUUACAGUGUAACAUCCUGAAGAAUAAAAUAUAUUACGGUGGUGUUGAAGCUUAUUUUUGAUGCCUUUUUUCACAAGUGGUACCUGUCUAAACGUCUCAGAUAUAUUUAAAAGGAGUUGUGUUUUAUUAGCAAUCAAAACAUAAAUUUGGGUACAAGAUUUAAGUGCCUAAAUGGAUAAACUGCAUUGAAGAAUUAUUACAUAUUUGGAACGUUCUUAAACCUGGUAAGUUCUGCUUGUUAAUAUUAAGUAACCAUUUACAUAUGAAACAUACAGUUCACAGCUGCAGCCUAAUGUUCAUUUGCAUCUUUAUAGAAUUUGAAAUGCAGAGUGACUCAGCAAUAUUAAUUCCAAAUUAGAAUUUACAGUAUCAAUUUCAAAAUCUGUUGUCUUAAACUCCAAAUUUACCAAAAUGUAUAGAUUGAAGAAAACUAAAUUUGCACACAAAGGAUUUCUGAAAAUACUUAAGCAGUGCCUACACCUACAAUGAUGUUGUGUUGUAUAUUAGACUUUUGAAAAGUAUUUUUAUCAACAAUACAAAUAUUCAGAAAUAGAGCAAAAGCAUAAUAAAGCAUAGCCUUAAAGUUUAAAUAGUAAUUCUAGAAUAACCAUAAUAUAAAAUAUACUUUCCUGAUAAAGCACACCUCCUACUUAUGAUAAACUGUCUGCUUACAGUUACUCAGUGUAUAUUAAUAACUAAUCACUCUACAUAAGAGAAUGGGAUGUUUUGGUAAAAUGAUUUGCAUCAAAGUAGUAAAUUUUUUUAAUGGAAGAAAAAUUAAUACCUAAGAAAUUGGAUAAAGCAAAAGAUAACUAUCAACUCCC